AUGGUUCAAAAAAUUACUACUGCGCUGGCCGUCGCGUUUUCUGCCACUCUGGUUACAGGAACAGCCAUUGACAGGAGAAUUGUGGGCGGAGAAGACGCGGAAGAAGGCCAAUUUCCAUCUAUUGUUAGGGUUUACCCAAUGAGCAGAGAUGCAGGCGGAAUUCUUGCUCGAGCUGCGAACCUUACGGUGCACCCUGAUUACACUGGCAAAAAGACUAUUCCAGAAGGUUUGGGUACUCAAUACGCGGUGAUUCUUAAUGAUAUUGCUAUCUUGAAAUUGUCAACCCCAAUCGAGGAGAACGGCGACACGAUUCGUUAUGCGUCGCUACCAGAGAGCGGUUCUGACCCCGAAGCUGAUUCGAAGGCGACGGUCGCAGGCUGGGGGGAUCUAAACUUCGGCGGUCGUAUCCCUGAGACUCUUAGACACGUUGUUGUUCCCAUCAUUGGUCGCGAGAACUGCGCCAAGGAUCUGGAAACAAUAGUAUGCGCCGGCGAAGAAGGCAAGGAUUCAUGCUCGAGUGAUAGCGGCGGUCCUCUCUUCGAGCAGGAAACGGGAAAGUUAAUCGGUAUCGUGUCAAAUGGUUUCCAAUGCGCCACUGCCAUCGGUGGUCGGUACACUAGGGUUGCCUCGUACAUCCCUUUUAUUAACGAAAACCGUGAGGGUCGCGCAGGAGUCCAGUUUCCUCAUGACGAUGACGAUGGAUGUGAUCAAGGAAAGGCAUUUCCUGGUCCUCAGGGGACGGUUUGCAUCGGACCCAACGGCGAGAUUUUUGGACCUCCUCAGGGGGAGCAACAGCAACCCACUAGCCCAACCGGGCAGGAUUGUCCUCCCUUCCCAGCCUGCAGCCGCCAACUCGGCUGCACUGAAGAGCAAGCCGACGGCUGUGUUAUUUGCAAGCCUGAAUGUCGCGUGGGAUAG